CGCUGCGUUGGGUGUGAAGCCCUUUGAAAUUCUUUUGUAAUUAAGGGCAAUAUAAAUAGCUUGAACUUGACAUCUUUAUUUUAGUUUUAUACUUGCUUGUCUAACAGGUUUGUGUAGACAUGACUAAAAUGACCCGGAAUGGACAGAUUUCCAACGACUUAGGUGAUGGUUCAUGACAGUAAAGCACCAUUUUUCAUCCUUUGCCAUACUUCCGGUUUCUUAUUUGGUCUUUAUUUUGAGAGGGUUCACCGGAAGUUUGCUGCCUUCCUUGGUGGUUUAAAAGUGCUCAAUGAUUGGCGCAUAACUUCGUAUUGACUUCGAACGGGUGGUCACACUCAUGGACGUUUUAUGACUUAAAAAAGAGCCGUAUUUUUAUUAGUGCUUAUGUCCUAAUUGCGGAGUCAUCAUCCAACAUGAGCGCGCUUGUCUUUCUUUUGCUUCUCUUUGUCGGGUCGGCGGAGUUCCGAAGCCAAGUCCGACUCCCUCCCCCGCCUUCGCCCGGUAAGGCGCACCUCGGCCGGGGCGAGGAUGCCGCGGCAGUCGAGAGCUCAGAGGUUACCGGAGCGAGUCAAGACGAGGCUCCCCGGAGACGAGAAGACCCGAGCGGGUACUUCACGACCCCGCGGGUCAUCGCCAGCACCCGCGGGCUCUGGUCGAACUCGCCGUCGUCGUCCUCCGGACCGUCGAAGCCGCAGCCCUAUCCGACCUUCCCCGUGGCUGACGGCUCGUACUGGGCGUACGCGCUGAUGCUGCUGGCCCUGGUUCUCUUCUCGGUGGGCAUGGUGGGCAACCUGGCACUCAUGUGCACUGUGUGGCACAACGCGUACCUGCAGAGCGCUUGGAACUGUAUCCUGGCUGGUUUGGCCCUGCUGGACUUCUUGGUGCUCUUUUUCUGCCUGCCGGUGGUCGUCUUCCACGAGCUGACCUUCAGGCGCCUGCUCGGAGGAGCGUCCUGCUACCUGGUGCCUUUUCUGGAGGUGACAUCCCUGGGCGUGGCCACGUUCAGCCUGUGCGCCCUGAGCAUCGACCGCUUCCACCGUGCCACAUGCCCCGGGCCCGAACCCAGAGUGGAAUCCUGCCGCUCCAUCCUGUCCAAGAUGGCUGUCGUCUGGCUGGGCUCGCUGGCGCUGGCCGUCCCCGAGCUGCUGCUGUGGCAGCUGCGCCAGGAACCCGUCAGGCUGUGGGAACCCUUCGGCUACGGAGGCUCGUCCCCGGUGGCAGACGUUUGCGUGGGCGAGCCCUCGGCGGAACUGCCCGACGGUGUCUACUCGCUGGUGCUGACCUAUCAGGAGGCCCGGACCUGGUGGAUGUUUGGAUGCUACAGCUGCCUGCCGCUGCUCUUCACGCUGGCCUGUGACCUAGUGACUCAACGGGUGUCAGCGCAGCAACCUGUCAAAGCACCGAGCAGGCGCUCCUCCUCCUCCACCUGUGGAUCGCCAACAAAGAAGAAGCAUCAUCAUCAUCAUCAUGGUCACCUCCACCGCAGCCGUGAGCCCAGGCUUCGCGCCACAGUGCUGUGGCUGAGCACCUUGCACGUGGCCUGCAACAUACCCGAUAGUGUGUGUAGCAUGGCACUGGCCUACGUGGAGGCACCGGAGGGUCUGGCAAAAGCGGUGGGUCUGGCUGGACACUUUUUCCUGUUCUCUCGUUGCGCCGCCACGCCCGUGCUGCUGCUGUGCUUGUGUCGCUCGCUGGGUCAGGCCUUCCUGGACUGCUGCUGUUGUUGCUGCGACGAGUGCCUGCCCGAGGCGUCCACCUCCGCCGCCGCCUCCACACUCUCCUCAUCCUCCCCGACGUCCUUGACGCCCGAUGAUGUCAUCGGGACGCCCUGCUGAAUGGAGCGUUCUCACUCAGGUGACACGGAACUCGCCAUGUAGGCUUUUGACAUUGGACCGGCAAGGGUUGCAGGUUUCGAGUAGGGCUCAAAACCUUUAAACCAGGGUUAGAUUUUCAAAUGAGGGCUUCGACACUAGGCUAGGGUUCCAAGUCUGGCUUACGAUUUCAAGUUAGCUCUUCAAGUCAGGGUUCGGGUUUCUAGAUGUUCCAGGGCUUUCUAAUGUGAUGACCAGGCUUAAAAAGCCAAAGUCGAAUUUGGAAUAGGCUUUGAAACUAGGAAUAGGUUGAAGUAGCUAAGGUUUCAAGGCAGCCUUAGCUUUUCAAAAAAUACAUUGUUAGUGUAGUCGUGUACAUGGAGGCUUCAAGACAAGAUUUAGGAUUUAAAAUGAGGGGUCCAAGCAAAGGUUGGGGCCUUAAAUUUGGGCUUCCAUGUCGGAUUAGGCUUUCAAACUAGGAUUUAGGGGGUUCCCAAAUCAGAGUUGACAGUUGUGAGCCAAAAUGAGUUUUGUUCUUCCACUCAUUUUGUUACUUGGAGUCAACUUUGGAUUGGACCUUCUUGGGCUUGUCUAUCCUUUCUUUCUUUCUGAUCUUCAAGUCUUUCAGCUUGCCGUUUUGUUUUUGUUCAACGAUGGAAGCGUCACCUCCAAAAACUAAGGAAGAAACAAACAAGUGUGAGUCUUUUGCUUUGUGUAACGUUGCCACGGAGAGCAGACAGGAAUUUGCCACACUGCAGACAGACAGAACAUCGUUUUAUGAAGAAAUACGCUAUUUUGGAGCUACAUGCCUUUCCUUGGUUAAUAAAUAAAUCCAAAUCAUA